GUUCUUCUUUCUGUUUCCGAGACGUUCAGGGUCUGAUCGGCUUCAACAGCCGUGUCUGCAUGUCUCUACCAUUUAUUCCCUCUGUAAAUCGUUUUAUACCGCUCCCGAAUGAAGAUUGAUAGGUAUGCCAAAGGAAAAAUAUGAUCCUCCAGAUCCCCGCAGAUGUUACACCAUCAUGCCAGCGGAGGAGGUGGCCAAUGGGAAGAAGUCUUACUGGGCCGAGCUCGAGAUUUCUGGACGGGUUAGGAGCCUGAGCCCCUCGUUAUGGACCCUCACCCACCUGACGGCGCUGCACAUCAACGACAACAACCUGAGCCGCAUCCCCCCCGACAUCUCCAAUCUUUCCCACCUGGUGUUCCUGAACCUGUCGUCCAACAAGCUCCGCAGUCUGCCCGCUGAGCUGGGCAACAUGGUCUCUCUCAGGGAAUUGCUUUUGAACAACAAUCUUUUACGAGUUCUGCCUUAUGAACUUGGGAGGCUUUUCCAGUUACAAACCUUGGGGCUAAAAGGAAACCCUUUGUCCCAAGACAUCCUCAAUCUGUACCAGGAGUCGGACGGAACCAGGAAGCUUUUGAACUACAUGCUCGACAAUCUAGCAGUGCACCCAGAGCAGCUCCCACAAAGACCGUGGAUCACUCUGAAAGAGCGGGACCAGAUGAGCCCCUCAGGUACGUUCAGCGGG